GGGCUUACAGUAAAAGCACGUUCAUUUCCAGGCACUCUCAUUCAUAGAGCCAGCGGGCGCGGGCAGGACGGGCGCCCCGCGGCCGGACCCAGCCUGGGCACCACGCUGCCCGGCCCUGCGGCUGCCACUGCAUCCUGAGCUCCCGGGGACGCACGAAAGUCACCCUUUGCGGCUGGCUCCUCCUCGAUCUGCGUUGGACCUCCUUGUUUUCCUUUCCUUUUCUUUCUUUCUUUUUCUUUUUUUUUUCUUUUCUUUCUUUUUUUUUUUUUUUAGUUUUUCUUUCCUCACUUUUGAAUGAACUGGCUCCUAAGCUUGGAUGUUUCAACUUCUCUCCUGGCCGUGAACUUUUCUCCGAUUGUUUCUUUUGACAACUGCGGGAGAAAGUGUUCCGGGGUUCCCGGAGAGCCGUGAAGUUGGUGUGCGUGGCAGGGUGCGUGGGAGUGAGCGCGGGCGCGUGUAACUGGAGCCUCCUGGUCUGUGGCGCUUCCUCCCGGGCCCGCUCCACCUGCUGCGGUUACACGGUGCUCGCUCGCUCGUGGGUAUUUGUGCGCCCCAGCAGAAAAACCAGCCAGCCAGCGCCGGGCGACGUUGGAGGAAAACCGUCUUGCUACUGCCAGAGUCUGGGCUGACUCACUCAACCAAUGUAGACAGUGGCUGGCUUCGGAGAGUGCGCGUCUGCUUGUGUGACCCAACUUCGGCUCAACUCCCACCAAACCACAAGAUCAGCCACAAACUUAACCAACGUUUCCAAACCCGAGGCCUCAGAUGUGGGAAGCUCUAGCCUGAGCGUCAUCGAGUUUGGCUUUUUUUUUUUUUUCGGUUAGAUAGAGGUCUUUGUAAAGCUAAAUUUUCUGCACUGACCAUUUGUCCAGAAUAUUGAGAAAAUAAUGACAAGUGAUCUACCCCAGCCUUUCAACUACUGAAGCUGACUUUCAAGGCUAUUUAAAAAAAAAAAAAAAACUUCAGUGAACAUUAAUGGAUUUCUGUUGUGUUUAAAUUCUCUACAGAUUGUAUUGUAAAUAUUUUAUGAAGUAGAUCGUAUGUAUAUAUUUACAUAUACGAGCAAUACAUUACUAGCACAAUCUUUUAAAGUUGUGGCUCUCUCGCUUUUGAGAACCGAAGAGAGGUUUUCGUGAUAGGAGAGGCCCCCUGUAUGGAAGACACUCCUAAGUUUUGUAUUUUGUUGGGAGUUUAAACAAAACUGACCGGCGAGAAAGAAAAGCAAGCUGACAGGCAAUUAACUGCUGGGGCUUCCAAAUCUAGUUUUUGCUGGUCAUUUUUUUGUUCUGCGCAUAAAUAUUUCAGGACGUGUACGGGAAUUUUGCCUCCGGGACCGUUUGUAAUAGGCAAAGACUGAACUUCAACUCUGAAAGCCAGGCUCCUUUGGGCAUUUGACUUUGGAUUCUGGCUGCCCACUCUUAAUGCACUAAUCGGCCAGUUGUUAGCCCUGCUUGGCUGUGAGGCCGAUCCGAGUAGCUAGAACUCAGUCGGGAACUGUUGGUAAUUUAGUCUCCCUCCUCCCCCACAACCGUCCGGUAGUAAUAAAGGCUCCUGAACUUGUAUGUUGGUCUCCCGGGAGCUGCUUGCAGAAGAUCCGAGCCCGUGUUGCCGUCUAGUAGGAGCUGUUUUCAGGGUCCUUACUCAGUCGGCUUGUUGUGAUGCGUAUCCCCGUAGAUGCCAGCACGAGCCGCCGCUUCACGCCGCCUUCCACCGCGCUGAGCCCCGGCAAGAUGAGCGAGGCGCUACCGCUGGGCGCCCCGGACGGCGGCGCCGCCCUGGCCAGCAAGCUGAGGAGCGGCGACCGCAGCAUGGUGGAAGUACUGGCUGACCACCCGGGAGAGCUGGUGCGCACCGACAGCCCCAACUUCCUCUGCUCCGUGCUCCCCACUCACUGGCGCUGCAACAAGACCCUGCCCAUCGCUUUCAAGGUGGUAGCGCUGGGGGACGUUCCCGAUGGCACUUUGGUCACCGUGAUGGCAGGCAACGAUGAAAACUAUUCGGCAGAGCUGAGAAAUGCUACAGCAGCCAUGAAGAACCAAGUGGCAAGAUUCAACGACCUCAGGUUUGUCGGUCGGAGUGGUAGAGGCAAGAGUUUCACUCUGACCAUCACCGUCUUUACUAACCCCCCACAAGUCGCCACCUACCAUAGAGCCAUCAAGAUCACAGUGGACGGACCGAGAGAACCCCGAAGACAUCGGCAGAAACUAGAUGAGACCAAGCCGGGGAGUUUGUCCUUUUCCGAGCGGCUCAGUGAACUGGAGCAGCUGCGGCGCACGGCCAUGAGGGUCAGCCCGCACCACCCAGCCCCCACGCCCAACCCUCGGGCCUCCUUGAACCACUCCACUGCCUUUAACCCUCAGCCUCAGAGUCAGAUGCAGGAUGCCAGGCAGAUCCAGCCGUCCCCACCGUGGUCCUAUGAUCAGUCUUACCAGUACCUGGGGUCCAUCACCUCCUCUUCCGUGCACCCAGCAACACCCAUUUCACCAGGACGUGCCAGCGGGAUGACAAGCCUCUCUGCAGAGCUUUCCAGUCGACUUUCAACAGCCCCGGACCUGACCGCCUUCGGUGACCCGCGCCAGUUCCCCACGCUGCCCUCCAUCUCCGACCCGCGCAUGCACUACCCCGUUCUGAUUUAGCAAUGCUGUGAAUAAAAGAAAGAUUUUAUACCCUUGACUUCACUUUUUAACCACGUUGUUUAUUCCAAAGAGUGGAAUUUGUUUGUUUGUUUUUUGGUUCGGGGCGGGGAAGACAUAGCUCAUCUUGUUUGACAUCUAUUUCUUAUUUCGGAGUUUCUUUUCCGCACCUUAUCAAUUGCAAAAAAAAAAAAAAAAAA